AUUUGUGUGUGCCCUGCUUCUUUUUCAUCUCGUCAGCAAACUACCUGCUGCUUGCAAGUGAACAGGUAGAACUUCGCAUUCUGCAGUGGCUGACAACAGGAAGCAGCCUUCUGGUGCAGGUUCUGUGAGUUGACUAGGAUGGCAAAUUUUAGGGGACAUGCUCUUCCUGGUACUUUCUUCAUCCUCUUUGGCCUCUGGUGGUCUGUGAAAUAUGUACUGAAAUACCACAACAGGAGACUGAACAAAAAUAGCCAUGGAAACCGUUACAUGAAUUAUGUGGAAAUAAUUGAAGGGGCUGUCAAAGUAACCUGUUCUUUAAUAGGGAUUCUGGCUGAGCAGUUUGUUCCGGACGGUCCCCACUUGCAUCUCUAUGGUGGGGACCCUGAAGGCUGGGUGAAGCUGAUGAAUUGGCAACACUCAACCAUGUACAUGUUCUUUGGCCUCUCCGGUGUAAUGGACAUAUUCACCUAUUCUUCCACCAAAGUGCCCAAAGGACUGGAUCGCCUGAUGCUUUCGAUUGCAAUCUUUGUUGAAGGCUUCCUCUUCUACUUCCAUGUCAGCCACCGGCCAAUGCUGGAUCAACGUAUCCAUUCUCUGCUGCUCACGGCCGUCUUUGGUGGGGCUGCCAGCACCCUACUGGAAGUCUUCUUGCGAGAUAACAUCAUCUUGGAACUCUUCCGCUCCAGCCUUUCCCUUCUGCAAGGAACCUGGUUUUUUCAGAUCGGUUUUGUGCUCUUCCCACCAUGGGGGGGCCCAGGUUGGGAUGAGGCUGAUCAUGACAACAUGAUGUUCAUCCCCAUGUGCUUCUGCUGGCACUAUGCCAUGGCUAUCCUCAUUUUGGCUGUGAACUACACUCUGGUUUACUGGUGCCUCCAGAAGUAUGGGAAAAACAGUGGAGAAACAGAAAUCAAGCUUGGGAUACGGAAGCAGCAGCGUGAAAAGAGCUUUCAUGAUGCCCUCUUAAACGGAUCUGAUGAGGAAUGAGUCAAGAGCGUCUCCUUGUUUCGUUUCUUCGGUUUCCAGAAGCAUCAAACCUUUUUUUAAAAGUUUUUUUUAAAAAAAAACUAACAAGACACAAAAAAGAGAUUCCAUUGGGUCUUGUGCUGCUUCAGCGGGAUGAAGGCACCACUUCCCCAAAUUCCCUUAAAUCUGCUUAUCUUGAAGUUUGUAUAUUACAGUUGUUUAUCUUGGGGGUUUUUUUUCCAGAAAGGCCAGUCUGGAAUGCAGAUACUGUCUAGAUGAUCUAAUGAUGUUAGUUUUGGGGAGGGGGAGGGUUUGCAGCAUCAUUGGUGAAACUGGUCAAGAAUGGGAAUGGCAUAAUAUUAUGGACUUCCCAACCACCCGAUUGAUGGAGAUAUACUAAAAAAUGUAACCUGAGCAUGCAAUUAAUGCAGAUUUACCGAAGUCAUAAAAGUGCAUACACCAUGCACUUGUGAUUGAUUGUAGUUCCACUCUGCAUGUAUAUAUAUUGAUAACAGUCAUUUGCCACUGUUUGAAUAGUCAAGCAUAAUAAUAUGGGAGUUCCAGAAAACCACAGUAUGGUAUAAUGGGUAGAGUGAUAGUCAGUGAAAGGCCUGGAUAAAGAAAAAUGUUAGCCCUAAAUCCAGAUGAAUAGCUGCAGAGAAUAACUCUAUGAGGGCCCAAGUUCAUCCCGAUGCAAAUACAAAACUGUCUGUUUACUUGGGAUCCUACUAAAUUUUGUAGCCCAUUUCAGUUUGGAAAUCCUUUUGUGACCCCUUACCACUGCCUCCCACCAGAAAACUUCUCUUCCCAUGUUCAGAGCUACGGGCAGUUAAGUGGUCAGUCACACCUUUAAGACUAACCAACUUU